UUUUUUCAGGGACCAAGGACCGCAGGAACCGCUCACAACAGACAUUUCCACUCCUCUCUCCUCCUCCCUCCCUCCUGUGUGGGACUCAGAAUGCCCGUGCUGUACAGACACAGUAGCGAUACGGGGCUGAGCAGACAUGGAGGCCCGAUUAACGAGAGAGGCCCGCGCUGACACAUCCAGGCCCAGCUAACAGAGACUCGUUGUGGAUCUCAGAGCACCUCUGGAGAUAUUACGGACACCAGUCGCUCAGUUGGAAGCUUAUUAAUAAUAAAAUGUGGCCACCGCGUUGAUGCAUACAUGAGGACAGGCAACAGAGCCAAAUGAUGUGAACGCCGUUUCUGGACAAAUUUGCAAAGUUGAAGGACGGAGAAAGUGGGCUGGACAGCCAAAAAGGGAGAGAAGCCACUUCAAAAAAGGAGAGCUUCACCCUCAGAGAUAUCCCCCCUUUCCCCUCCUUCAUUCCUAACCCGUCCUUAUACAAGAACUCUACCUGGUAUAUACAAUAAGCAUCCACACCCCCUAAAGUUCUGAUGGAUCAGAAGGUUCAGGGACAAACUUCAACACCACCACCUCUUCUCUCUGCUGCUGUCACAGCUGAGCGAGAGAAGGAGGGAGGGGGUGGAAAAAAAGAAGAGGAUGAAAAGAAACAAGAGAGAGAGAAAGAGAAAGAGGGAACUGCUACUGGUCCCCCUGGUGCAGGUGGGGCAGGAGACCCCGAAGGCGACCAGUCCCAUUUCUCCAUCACGGAGAGCAGCCUGUCCGAGGGUAAUGUCAAGCUUAAGAUUGGCCUACAGGCAAAACGCAUGAAGAAGCCCCCAAAGAGCUUGGAGAACUAUGUGUGCAGACCAGCCUUUAGGGCCACCGUGAGGCACACAAGUCGCGGGGGAAGUAGCACUCGUGGAAACCGGGCAGUGGCUGCAGGCGAUGGUACGAGUGGUCAGAGUCAAAGCCCCUCAAAGAGCCAUGGAAAGGAGAGGGAAAAGAGUCCGAGUGUGAAAAAAACACCAGCUACAUCAUCUUCAUUAGUCCCCACUGCUAAAGCUAUUACACCUUCUGCUGCUGCUGCUCCUCCUGGCAUCAUUAAAACCCCAUCCCCCUCCCAAGUAAACGGGAGUGCUCCAGCUAAAAAGGGUCCACCAAAGACAGAUUGCAAGUCUGAUUCAAAGUCGGACACAAAAUCAGUCACUACCACAUCUGAAAGACCCCUCAACCUUCACCGACCGCCACCGGACAAUAAAACGCAUUCCUCUGGGAAGAAAACACCAACGCCACAAACCAACUCACGGACAUCUUCGCCUUCUUCGCCACCAAUUGCAGCAAAAGAAACGACUUUUGAAGGUGUCAAACCUCCUCAUUAUACUUAUAGCACGGAAGGUCAGAGAGACAAGGACAAGGGUGUCCAGAGUUGCGGACCACCCACUGUCACUGAGAAAUUAGCCCAGCUUAUAGCAACCUGCCCACCAUCAAAGACUCCUAAGUCAGCUAAACCAACAAAAACAGAUUCAAAUCCUCCUCUUCCAACCUCAGGCUUCAUGGCUCCCACAGCCAAGCAACGAGACAGGGCAAUGGCCAAUAGGAACACAUAUUCAAGACUGCUGCAACUUUCCCCUCCACCCCCUGUGUCAAGACCUCCUGGUCGGCCUUAUGGCUCUAGGAACAGAGAUGGCGUUUCAGAAAACGCACCCAGCCUGACGCAGCUGAGGAAGGAGGACUCAGACGGACUGGCAAAAUCUAUUGUUGGCAACAUCAACAACAGCAUUAUUAUAAGUAACAGCAGAAGUCGCAGCAGCAGCCCUGCAUUCCCUCAUAACCGCCCAAUAGUUGCGUCCAAGGACGGCAACUACAACGACAGCAGCAACAGCCCUAGUGGUUUGUCUAAGUCACAGUCACGUGGCACUCACAGCUUACCAUCUUCUCCAUCUUGCCCCGUUCCUUCAUCCUCCUCCUCCAUCUCAGUUGAGCAUAGGACAGUGACUGCUGUGAGUCACCUGGGCUCCCCUGCUCCCUCACAAGGACACCAUGCACAGGAGUCCCCUGCCCUGGCAGAAGAAAGUGGGGCAGGUCAGAGGGAGCAGGGAGGCGACAGCCCCAGAGACUUAAAAAAGUACUCUCCUACAGCAGCAUUAGGAAAACCAGAGAGUAAAGAUAAGGCAGCAAGUCAUCAAUCAUUGCAUGUCGAGAGGGGGAGAAGCUCCAGUCCCAAAAAGCGCAGUCCCAACAGGGAUAGUAGCCAAUCAAGGAGAACCACCAGCCCUCCUGAACCCAUUAGACAAAGUACGCCCUCUGCAUCUGAGCCAGAGGAUGAAGAAAGCCUACCAACGCCCCUUAGAGAUGAUUCACCUGAUUCAUCCCUAGACUCACCUGAUGAGCAGGAUAGUAAACCCCUAAAGAAACGUAGGGGAAGAAAACCCCGCUGGGUAAUGAACAAGCUACAGACCCAGCUAGCAGUUCAAGACGGUCUCUUCAAUGAGAACAAAACCAGCAUGUCUCUAUCUUCAGGUUUAGAAACUCCAUCUCCACCAGUUAAAAGACCGGUGGGCAGGCCGCCAAACCCGAAUAAGAUCAAACCAAACCCAGUGCCGCAACAUUCAAUUUCACAGCUGUUUCCGCCCCAGCCUAAGAAAAGGGGACGGCCAAAGUCCAAAAUGCCAAGACUUGAUGCCCCAACUCCAGGGAACCCCUCUUAUAAGCUGACCUCUUCCAAGGUCUUUUCAUCUCUGCUAAAAUCCAAAGAAGAGCAGGACCCGCCUGUUCUUCACCCAGAGGUAGACCUAAACCCGCCUAAGCCUAUGCCUAGAAAACGUGGACGUCCUAAGCGCCUUCCUCCUACCUUACCCCAGGAGGGUCAGCCUCCCACUUUGGAUCCUGAGUCGGGAGACAUGGGAGACAAACGGUUCUGCAGCAAAGGAAACGGGCAGCUCAUUAUGAAAACUAUUAUCGGCAAAAUCAAUAAGAUGAAAAGCGUGAAGCGGAAGCGUAUUCUGAAUCAAAUCCUGUUGUGUCCAAGAACUGAAGAAACCCCUAAAAACAGCACUGUUGGAGUGGUUAACUCUACGGAAGCUACAACUCAGUCCUUGUCCUCCCUGGCUGCUUCUUUUGGGGGGAAAUUAGGGCCGCAAAUUAAUGUUAGUAAGAAGGGAACAAUAUACAUGGGUAAGAGGAGAGGGCGUAAACCAAAAUCUGCAUUCAGUCUGACUCCAUCACCACCAGAACGUUUCCUGUCUCCGAACACCACUUCCACUCUUCAUCACCACUCUCAGUCCCAGCAGCACCACCUGUCCUCCUCGGAGGUGUUCCCCUCUCCCUCCCUCUCACAGUCUAGUGGAGGCCACAGCCCCAUCAGUGAUGCCAGCUUUGUGGAACCUAACUCUGUGCACUUUUCCCACUAUUCUAGCUCCCAUCAUAACCAUAGCACGUUCUCCUUCCCUCCCCCAACCUUUUCGGUACCCAAUAAAGUUCUGGGCUCCACAUCCUCUUCACCAGCCACAGCAGCUUCCCAGAAAAAGUCUUCUUGUCGUGGGUACCCUCACCAUCAUCAUCAUCAUCAUUACAGACAGCAGUUCCAUUAUCAUAAGCUUUCUCCUCCCAGGCCACUUCACCCGACCUCCCCUGCUCCCCUCAGCGAGCUAAAAGAAGCCACACCUUCACCAGUCAGUGAGUCACACAGUGAGGAAACGGUGCCCAGUGACAGCGGGAUAGGAACGGACAACAAUAGCACAUCUGACCGCGGAGAGAAAGCUGGAGGGACGGCAGGCUUGGGUGGAAUCGCUUUGCCAGCCGCAAUGGGUGGUGGGUUAUUAAUGCCGGGGGUAAUGAGCUCAGCAAUGGCUCCAGGAAUGGGCCUCAACUCCAGAGGCAGGCGGCGACACUCUGCUGUGCUAAUGGAGCAUCCCUCACCCUCUCCAUCACCCCACGGAACAAGGUCCUCUCCUGAUCCCAAGAGACCUCAUCCAGCGGCUCCCACCUCAACGUUACUGGGACACAAGGAAAAACACAAGCACAAGUGCAAACGGCGCAGCCACGGAUGUCCUGGGUACGACAAGAUGAAGAGACAAAAAAGGAAAAGAAAGAAGAAGUACUUGCAGCUGCGGUCUCGGAGGCUUGAUCCUGACUUUCUCGCAGAGUUAGAUGAGAUUGUUGUGAUGCUGAGUGAAAUUCGGAUAUCACACCGAUCCACGGGGCACCGCCUUGGCAGUGGGAUUAGCAUGGAAGCUGGAACGAGUCGGAUGCCAGGGCUGGGUAGCAGAGCUGGUGGUGGAAUUGGGGGCCCAAGCGGCCCCCCUCCCCAUCAUUAUGUUCACAGGGACCUCCUUCCCACAAUCUUCAGGGUUAACUUCGGCAGGUUUUACUCUCAUCCUGCAUACUCCUGCGACCCCUUGCACUAUGUUCGUAAACCAGACAUGAAGAAGAAACGCGGACGACCUCCAAAGCUAAGAGAAUCCAUGUCUGAGGUUCCUUUUGUCCCCGGGCUUGGAUUCCCUCUCUCCAGUGGAGGUUUCUACCACCCUUCCUAUGGUGUUCCUUUCUCAUCAGGGCCCCUGGGGUUGGGGUAUUACAGAGGCUUUCCUCCAGCGAGUGCCCUGUUUUCUCACCCACAUCACCAGUCGCCUCACGCAGCUCCAUCACACCACUCUCACCACUCACCAUCUUUCCCUCCCCCUCCACCCACGUCCUACAUGCACCAUCACCACCCUUCACAUCUCCUCUUAAACCCCUCCAAGUUUCACAAGAAAAAACAUAAGGUGCUCAGGCAGGAGUACCUGGGUGGAGGGAGGCCCCCCGUCCUCUUCCCACCCAUGUCCUCCGAGCUGUCCUUUAACUGGCACCAUAAACACAAACACAGGCACAAACAUAGAGAGCGGUGUUCCGAGGAAGACCGGGAGCAAGUGACUAGGAGUGGAUCAACGAGCCGGGUUAGUUCAGGGAUUUCUGACAAAGGAGCUGCUUGUAAAGGAGAGCGAGUUGGAGGUCUGGGAAUGACGGAGUCGUUACAAAGAUGCAGGUUUGGAAGAGACACCUCUGGCGCCACGAGUAAGCAAGCUUCUGCCAACUCCCCUUCCUCCUCUUCAUCUUCAUCUGCGGAAAGGUACAAGCGCAAAGAGAGCUCCAUGUCCUGUCUAGGACCUUCUAGGCUUACACUGGAUAGCAGCUCAAAAGGCCAUCAUCCAGUUGCUUCCUGGUUCAGGAUGGGCACGGAAGCAGAUUACUCUAAGUUUUCACGGAGUCAGAUGGCCGCUGGCCAGGGCUCGUUCUCAGAUGGACGGGCAGGAGAGCCAGUAGGGUGCUCAGACAGCGAGGAUGAGGAACCUCUUACUCCCACAGAGGAUGGAGAAGCUCAUGAUUCUCCUAAUCUGACAAAUCUGUUCGCCUCGGCUCUGACACAGACUUCGCUGAAGGGAGGAAGGAGCAAAAAGACUGAGGUAGCUACGGAAAGUUCCAGCUUCUCUCACCUGGAUCGGCCAAUGAGGAAGGACCGCUCGACAUCAGCUGAACGGAGAGAAUUAGGAUCAUCAGUCAUCCAGUCAAGAGGUGUCGCGCUCUCUACUUCCGAAGGGCCUGAAGGAUCCCUCCACAACCUGCACCAGCACCAUCCCCAGUCCUCUCUGUUUCACUCCCACAUCUCUCCUGGUUCUUCCUGUCUAUCUUCCGCCCAGGACUUCUGCCUGGACGCCUCCCUUUCCCACCGCUCCCAUCGGGUGCAGACAUCCAAGCACAGCCUGCAUCAUGUCAACAAAAUCCUGCGUGCCAAAAAGCUGCAGAGACAGGCUCGGACAGGUAACAACGUGGUGAAGAAGAGGGGCCCGGGACGUCCUAGGAAAUACCCACUGCCCUCGCCGCCGUCUUCCCCACCCCAUGAGGUGGAGUUGAAUCAGACUGUGCACAGGGACAUCGGGGGAGAGCAGCUAGCUGGCCGAAGAGGGUGGGAAGGGGAUACUGUUACAGAUGCUAUUGAGUCUGUGGUCCAGGGUCAGCGUAGAAAAUGUCAGAAAAGGUCACUUGUUGAGGCAGAGGGGGAUGAAGAAGCAGAAGAGCAGGUUGAAGAAGUCCAGGAGGCAGAGGAAACCAUGCAGCAACUGCCUGGGAGAGAGGAGAACCAGACUAACCUUCCACCAAAAUCCAGGACAGAGACAGGAAGAAGCUGGCCUGCAGAGGAGGAACAUCAGCACAUUCAAGGUUCCACAGAAGGCAAGCCAGAUGGUCAGUUCUCCCCAGAAGUCCCAGGCACCGUCUCCAAGGAACAGGCUGCACCAAUCAGCAGCCAACGAGAGAAGAAAGCAGCCAGACUUCCAAAGAAGAAGUUCCAGAAAGCAGGACUGUAUUCUGAUGUGUACAAGACUGAGGACCCUCGCAGUCAGCUUCUGCAGCUAAAAAAAGAGAAGCUGGAAUACAUACCUGGGGAGCAUGAAUAUGGACUGUUUCCUGCUCCAAUACAUGUUGGGAAGUACCUGAGACAGAAGAGGAUUGAUUUCCAGUUGCCUUACGACAUCUUAUGGUUGUGGAAACAUGAUCAGCUUUACAAGAGGCCCGAUGUCCCUCUUUACAAAAAGAUCAGAUCAAAUGUGUAUGUAGACGUGAAGCCUCUCUAUGGGUAUGAAACAACUACUUGCAACUGCAGACCUCCUGAGACUUCAACUGAAAAAGGGUGCCUCGAUGAUUGCUUGAAUAGGAUGAGCUUUGCCGAGUGCUCCCCUAGUGCGUGUCCUUGCAGUGAUCAGUGUGACAACCAGCACAUCCAGAGACACGAGUGGGUCCAGUGUCUCGAGCGAUUCCGUGCUGAGGGAAAGGGUUGGGGAAUUCGCACCAAGGAGUCUCUCCGUGCUGGUCAGUUCAUCAUCGAAUACCUCGGAGAAGUGGUUAGCGAGCAGGAGUUCAGGAACCGAAUGAUGGAGCAGUACCACAAUGGCCACUACUGUUUGAACCUUGACAGUGGGAUGGUGAUUGACAGUUUCCAUAUGGGCAAUGAGGCACGCUUCAUAAACCACAGCUGUGAACCCAACUGUGAGAUGCAGAAGUGGUCAGUGAACGGGGUUUACAGAAUCGGUCUCUUCGCUCUCAAGGACAUCCACAGCGGCACUGAACUCACCUACGACUACAACUUCCAUUCCUUCAACACAGAGGAGCAGCAAGUUUGCAAGUGCGGCUCGGAGAGCUGCCGGGGCAUCAUCGGAGGGAAGAGUCAGCGCAUCAACGGCCUCCCUGGAAAAACGGGAGGCGCUCGGAGGUUGGGUCGACUCAAGGAGAAAAGGAAGUCAAAACACCAACUCAAAAAGAGAGAAGAAGAGACCAGCGACGGCAACAAGUUUUAUCCACAUCUCAUGAAGCCCAUGUCUAACAGAGAAAGAAACUUUGUGCUGAAGCACAGCGUUUUUCUCCUGCGAAACUGGGAGAAGAUGAGGGAGAAACAGGAGCUGCAGAAGAGAGAGGGUGAAAGAGAGAGGGAUGCCAGCAGCCUCUCUAUGUACGCUCGCUGGGGAGGAGUUAUCCGAGACGAUGGGAACAUCAAGUCAGACGUGUUCCUGACCCAGUUCUCAGCUCUGCAGACAUCGCGGUCAGUUCGGACUCGGAGACUCGCUGCAGCUGAAGAAAACACAGAAGUGACUCGCACCGCACGUCUGGCGCACAUCUUCAAGGAGAUCUGUGACAUGAUCACCAGCUACAAAGACUCAUCCGGACAAAUACUUGCUGCUCCGCUGGUGAACCUCCCAUCCAGGAAGAGGAACAGCCAGUACUAUGAGAAGGUCUCCGACCCUCUGGACCUGAGCACCAUCGAGAAACAAAUCCUCACCGGCCAUUAUAAGACUGUGGAAGCGUUUGAUACAGACAUGCUCAAAGUGUUUCGCAAUGCUGAGAAAUAUUACGGCAGAAAGUCGUCAGUGGGCAGGGACGUAUGCCGGCUGAGGAAAGCUUACUACAGCGCCCGAAACGAAGCUGCGGUCCAGAUUGACGAGAUCGUGGGCGAGACCGCCAGCGAGGCAGAUAGCUCGGAGUCGCUAGAGCGCGAUCACGUUCACCAUCACCAGGGAGGAGGGUCGGGUUCACACGACAAGGACGAUGACGUCAUCCGUUGCAUCUGUGGAAUGUACAAAGAUGAAGGAGUGAUGAUCCAAUGUGAAAAGUGCAUGGUGUGGCAGCAUUGUGACUGUAUGCGUCUGGAGACUGAAGUGGAGCACUACCUGUGUGAGCAGUGUGACCCUCGACCUGUAGACAGGGAGGUUCCCAUGAUACCCCAACCCAGCUAUGCACAGGCUGGCUCUAUCUACUACAUAUGUCUCCUUAGAGAUGACCUUCUGUUACACCAAGGUGACUGUGUGUAUCUGAUGAGAGACAGCCGGCGCACUCCUGAAGGUCAGCCCAUUCGCCAGUCUUACCGUCUCCUUUCCCACAUCAACCGUGAGAAACUGGAUAUCUUCCGAAUUGAGAAACUGUGGAAGAAUGAAAAGGGUGAGCGCUUUGCUUUUGGUCACCACUACUUCCGUCCUCAUGAGACGCAUCAUUCCCCUUCGCGGCGUUUCUACCAGAACGAGUUGUUCCGCAUGCCACUGUAUGAGAUCAUCCCCCUGGAGGCAGUGGUGGGAAUGUGCUGUGUCCUUGAUCUUUACACAUACUGCAAAGGAAGGCCAAAGGGUGUAAAGGAGCAAGAUGUGUACAUCUGUGAUUAUCGUUUGGACAAAUCGGCCCACCUGUUCUACAAGAUCCACCGGAAUCGCUACCCUGUCUGCACCAAGCCAUAUGCCUUCAACCACUUCCCUAAGCGGCUCACGCCUAAAAGAGACUUCUCGCCUCAUUAUGUUCCUGACAACUAUAAGAGAAAUGGAGGCCGGUCUGCCUGGAAAAGCGAACGAUCCAAAGAAGCCGCCGGCUGCGAGGAUGACGCCUCUUCCUGCGACCGAGGCGAGGAUUUCACACAUGGGGCGGAGGACGGAAGGUCGGUAGAGGAUGACGUAGACACGGCGCGGGAGGAUCCUGAACUUCUUUCAAAGGAAAGGGCAAGAACAGGUGACAAGGAGGAGGAUGAGGAGGAAGACGAAGGGCUGCAGGCCGGCGUGCGGAAGGAGCUGGGGGAAAGUGCUGAAGACAGGAUAGGAGAGAUGCUUGAACUCCCAUUGUCUUCAGCCUCCUCGCCACUCCCUCACCCAGCACUGAGCAGGAGGGAGGCCCAGAGGGAACGGCUCGACAAGAUUUUACUGGAUCUGCUGCACAGAGCGCCCAGUAAGAACGGUGAGGGACCGGGAACAAAGUGGGGGGCCAUUGAUGUCACCUAUCUCCUCGAGGAAGGGGCAGGACGGCGGUUACGGCGAAGGACGCUUGGAUUCGGAGAUUUCAUUGUCAGAAAAUAACGUUUUUGACGUGCCUGGUAUAUGCACCUUUGCUUUCACUGCUUUGAAAAGAGGGGGAGGAAAACGGAGAGAUGGCAAAGAAGGGAAUCGAGCAUUGUUGCCUGUCCAACCUUUAUGGAUCACAGUGCAUUUAAAAGUUUACCUCUUCCAAGACAGUCAUCCUCCGCUCUGAGAAGGUGGAAGGGAUACAGAAGCACUUACUCAAAGGAAGUUCUGCCUUGAAAGAGAGGAAGCUGUCCCGGUCUUCUUAUUUAAGUAUAUCAUAGAAAACAUUUUUUAUUGAACAUAGGAGAAAGUAACCCAUGCACUUAAAUACAUCGAACAUUAUAAAAUCAUGGGUAGAUGAAUAUUGCUUGCAGGCAUUGGAAAAUAAAACGGUUGGUACUGGAUAGUGAUGGACAGAGGGGAGGGAGGGCUUUUCUCAUUAUUUUCCUUGUGAAUCCUGAAUUAUUGUUCUUCAUAGUGGGAUCUCGCUGUAAUGAUGAAAUGUAAGAGAUGAGAGGAAACUGGUUUAUAGGAGAAAAUGUAAAGCUGAGCGGUGUGCUCUGAUGCUGCGCUUUAGAAAGAGAGAACAAGGGUGGAUAGCUGCACUUUUGGUACCUUGAAUAUUGUGAAGCUCUGUGAAAUGUAUCUGCAAUGAAAAUACUCUAACACUCACAGUAUUGGCUGCAGUCUGACAAAAGCAAGUUAAAAACUUAGAUCUUUUUCCUGCGUUUUCCGAAGUAGCUCAUUUAGAAACAGGCCUGUGGUGUGGUUUUGGGAUUGGGUUUGCGCUUAUGUGAAAGUCUUUUGUUAUUUCUAUUUUUUAGGUAGCCGUGAGGCAGUCAGCUUCGCCCCCCUGUUUUUUUAGAAGCAAAACGAUUCACCAGCUUAAAUAAAUCAGGCAACGACCGGAGGAAGAGGAGGGAGGGUGCCGGCUUUAACUGUAACGCCUUACACAGCCGCUGCCGUCUCCUACUGCCUUGCGGGCGAGUUUGUGUCUGCAAGAUUUUGUGAAAUUAUACCUUUUUAAAAAAAACGUCAAAAAAAAUAAUCAAGGGCUCGAUGGCAAUUAACAGUUUUAAGAAAACAAUACUUAACAUGAAAUGUAUUGUGACGGUCAUAUUUUCUUAUAUUCUGUGAGCUGGGUGGGGGCCGCGGGGCAGUGUGUACUGUAUAUGUGGAGCAGCGAAUGACUUGCGAUUAUUUUCUUUUGUUUUCUUCGGACUGAUUGCCAUGGAGAAUGUUUGUUUGAAAAGGAAAAAAAAAAAAAAAACAUGAUAUUUGACGCGAUUUCCUUUUUCCCUGCAAUGUCCCGGCGCGGUAAACUGACUGACAGACCUGACGAGAACGAGAAGCUGUACAGUGCCAAGUUCUGUAAAUAUACACACUUUACAUAAAAAGUGUCUCCAAAAGCAAUAUCUUGAGAAUGGAUUUUGUUUAUUAUUGUACUGUACAGGACUCAGCCCUAAAUGUAUUAUUAUUAUUAUAUUAUUUCUUCGCUAUGUAUUACUAUAAUGAAGACACUUAAGCUCUGAUGAUAAUGUUUUUUGUAAUGUCCAGAAAUUCUCACCAUAACCAGUCCUGAUGACAUGAAAUUUAAGUUGUUUGUUUGGUUGCCUAUAAAUUAAGUCCACCUGUAAAGUGCAUGAGCAAGAAGAAUGUCAGAAGGCAUUGGGAUGUGACAGUGACUCUGCAAUGACACCUUCGUCACUGAAUUUUGUUAAUAAUAUAACUUUUUUAAGGAGGAAUCUGCUCCUUGUUUUUUUGCUGCAAAGUGUUGAACACUAAAAAAACAAACCAACAUAAAAAUGUUAAGAUAUUUUUAAACGCUGACAGAAAACAAAAGUAAGGCUGUCAAAACGAUACCAUGCUAUUAUAAAUAUAUAUAUAUAAAUAUAUAUAUAAAUAUAUUUUUUGUUUUUCUUUCAAAUAGGAAAACGGUUCCGUUUUGUGAUAGCGGUCAUUGUAUGAUGCUUGUACUUGUAUUUGUGUGUUUUGUGUGAUCCGUUUUAGUUAUUUUUAGACAAUCACAAAAUCAGAUGCAAGCAUUGUAAAUGGCAGACUGACGGACAUUUUGUGAUGUGUACAGUUUGUCAAAACAAGAAAAAAGAAAAACAAAAGAAAAAUCUUCUUCCACUCGUUAAAAAGUUUGUAAUUACAAUUCUUAAGUCAUGAAAAAAAAUGCUGUUGGUUUCUACUUUUUGUUUUAUAUUUGUCCUUUUUGUUUGUUUGUUUUUUAAUAAAAAGCACUACAUUAUUGUGAAUGCA